CAGGAAGUGAGGUCAGAGCCGGCAGCUUUCCCGGGAGUUCGGCUUUGCGGCGUCUGCAGCUGGAGAAGCCGAGUUUCCCAGGACGUGGCCACCUUCCUCUCUCCCGGGUUUCACCUCCCGCGGGUGGAGAGGCCCUCGAGGAGUCAGAGGGCUGCAAGGGUGCAGGUCCGCUUCAGAGGAGGGCGAGGCGCGGCAGCGCGUGGCUGCCGGGGCGGAGGAGGGGACUGGCGGGGCGAGUCGCUGGAGUCUGUGGGGUCUUCUCAGCUUGGCCCGGUAUCUCCUGACGCCCCGAGAACUUCUCACCUCUCCCCGGUGGGCUGCAGGGGUCGUGGAGACUGGGACUCCCCUGCUCCCCUUUGAAGGAAGACCCCUCUUAGAGAAGACUCGCCCGGCAGCUGCUGACUUCUUUCCCCGCCCAAACCCCAGAGUGACUCGCCAUGACCUCACCGUGAGCGAGCGAUUGGCUUGUGACCCUUCUAGAACCCCAGGUAGGUGUUGUAUCCUAACUUACUGACGCAGAGGUGCCUGCUGCCAUUAUGGGAAACCAGCUUGCUGGCAUUGCUCCUUCCCAGAUUCUUUCUGUGGAGAGUUAUUUCUCAGACAUCCAUGACUUCGAAUAUGAUAAGAGUCUGGGGAGUACUCGUUUCUUUAAAGUUGCUCGAGCAAAACACCGAGAGGGCCUGGUGGUUGUGAAGGUCUUUGCAAUUCAAGAUCCCACAUUGCCUCUAACCAGCUAUAAACAAGAGCUGGAGGAACUGAAAAUCAGGCUUCAUUCUGCACAGAACUGUCUGCCUUUCCAGAAAGCAGUGGAAAAAGCAUCUGAGAAAGCAGCCAUGCUCUUUAGGCAGUAUGUGCGAGACAACCUCUAUGAUCGAAUCAGCACCCGUCCCUUCUUAAAUAACAUCGAGAAGCGCUGGAUCGCUUUCCAGAUCCUAACUGCUGUGGAGCAAGCACACAAAUCUGGAGUCCGUCAUGGGGACAUCAAGACUGAGAAUGUAAUGGUCACCAGUUGGAAUUGGGUCCUUCUAACUGAUUUUGCCAGUUUUAAACCCACUUAUCUUCCAGAGGACAACCCAGCAGAUUUCAACUAUUUUUUUGACACUUCACGGAGGAGGACUUGUUAUAUUGCUCCUGAACGUUUUGUGGAUGGUGGAUUGUUUGCCACUGAGUUAGAAUACAUGAGAGAUCCUUCCACUCCGCUUGUAGACUUAAAUAGCAAUCAGAGAACAAGAGGAGAGUUAAAGCGGGCAAUGGAUAUCUUUUCAGCAGGUUGCGUGAUAGCUGAACUUUUUACGGAAGGUGUGCCACUAUUUGAUCUCUCUCAGCUUUUGGCUUAUAGAAAUGGACAAUUUUUUCCUGAACAAGUGCUAAAUAAAAUUGAAGAUCACAGUAUCAGAGAAUUGGUAACUCAGAUGAUUCACCGUGAACCAGAUAAACGAUUAGAGGCAGAAGAUUACUUAAAGCAGCAGCGUGGCAAUGCCUUUCCUGAAAUAUUUUACACUUUCCUUCAGCCCUACAUGGCCCAGUUUGCCAAGGAAACAUUUCUUUCUGCAGAUGAGCGUGUUCUGGUUAUAAGGAAGGAUUUGGGCAACAUUAUUCACAAUCUUUGUGGACAUGAUCUGCCAGAGAAAGCAGAAGGAGAGCCUAAGGAGAGUGGGCUGGUUAUCUUGGUAUCUGUUAUAACAUCCUGCCUACAGACCCUUAAAUACUGUGAUUCCAAGCUUGCUGCUUUGGAACUCAUUCUCCAUUUGGCCCCAAAAUUAAGUGUAGAAAUUCUUUUGGAUCGUAUUACUCCCUAUCUUUUGCAUUUCAGCAAUGACUCUGUUCCUAGAGUGAGGGCUGAAGCCUUGAGGACAUUGACGAAAGUUCUUGCUCUUGUCAAAGAGGUUCCUCGCAAUGAUGUCAACAUCUACCCGGAAUAUAUUCUGCCAGGCAUAGCCCACUUAGCCCAGGAUGAUGCUACUAUUGUUAGACUAGCCUAUGCUGAAAACAUAGCUCUGCUGGCAGAAACAGCUUUGAGAUUCCUGGAAUUGGUACAGUUAAAAAAUCUCAAUAUGGAAAAUGACCCAAAUAGUGAAGAAAUAGAUGAAGUUACACAUCCCAAUGGAAAUUAUGACACAGAGCUCCAAGCCUUACAUGAAAUGGUCCAGCAGAAAGUUGUCACUUUGCUAAGUGACCCUGAAAAUAUCGUGAAACAAACCUUAAUGGAAAAUGGAAUAACACGACUGUGUGUAUUCUUUGGACGUCAGAAAGCCAAUGAUGUUUUAUUGUCCCACAUGAUCACUUUCCUGAAUGAUAAGAAUGAUUGGCAUCUGCGUGGAGCUUUUUUUGAUAGUAUAGUUGGUGUUGCUGCCUAUGUUGGCUGGCAAAGCUCCUCAAUUCUCAAGCCCCUGCUGCAACAAGGUCUUAGUGAUGCUGAGGAAUUUGUUAUUGUGAAAGCUCUUAAUGCCCUCACCUGUAUGUGCCAGUUAGCUCUGCUGCAAAAACCCCAUGUCUAUGAAUUUGCCAGUGAUAUUGCCCCCUUUCUGUGUCAUCCCAAUCUGUGGAUACGCUAUGGCGCUGUGGGGUUCAUCACAGUGGUAGCCCACCAAAUAAGCAUAGCUGAUGUCUACUGCAAACUGAUGCCUUACCUUGACCCAUACAUUACUCAGCCAAUAAUACAGAUUGAAAGAAAACUUGUUCUACUCAGUGUUUUAAAAGAGCCAGUAAGUCGUUCUAUAUUUGAUUAUGCUUUGAGGUCUAAAGAUAUUACUAGCUUAUUCAGACACCUUCACAUGCGUCAGAAGAAACGGAGCGGUUCUCUUCCCGACUGCCCUCCGCCUGAGGAUCCUGCCAUAGCACAGCUUCUGAAGAAACUGCUCUCACAGGGAAUGACGGAAGAAGAGGAAGACAAACUUUUGGCACUAAAAGACUUCAUGAUGAAAUCUCACAAAGCAAAGGCCAAUAUAGUGGACCAGAGUCACCUCCAUGACAGUAGUCAGAAAGGUGUAAUUGACUUGGCAGCCUUGGGCAUAACUGGGAGACAAGUUGAUCUUGUUAAAACCAGACAGGAACCAGAUGACAAACGAGCUAGAAAACAUGUAAAACAAGAUUCAAAUGUAAAUGAAGAGUGGAAAAGCAUGUUUGGAUCACUGGAACCACCGAACAUUCCACAAGGCCUGCCUAAAGGGAGUGACCAGGAGGUGAUUCAGGCUGGGAAGCCGCCUCGUUCCGAGUCCUCUGCUGGCAUAUGUGCCCCUUUGUCAACGUCUCCUCAGGUUUCAGAAGUGACAAAUGUCCAAAAUAGAAAACCAACUAUACAGGUUUUAAGUAGUACAAUUUUACCAUCCACCUACCAGAUUCGGAUCACAACGUGUAAAACUGAGCUUCAGCAACUCCUACAGCAGAAGCGUGAGCAGUGUAAUGCUGAGAGGAUAGCUAAGCAGAUGAUGGAGAACGCCGAGUGGGAGAGUAAACCACCGCCACCUGGAUGGCGGCCUAAAGGGCUACUGGUUGCACAUCUUCAUGAACACAAAUCUGCUGUGAAUCGCAUUCAAGUCUCUGAUGAACAUUCUCUUUUUGCAACAUGUUCAAAUGAUGGUACGGUGAAAAUCUGGAACAGUCAGAAGAUGGAGGGGAAGACCACCACCACCAGAUCUAUUCUUACGUAUAGCCGAAUUGGAGGACGUGUCAAGACACUCACAUUCUGCCAGGGUUCCCACUACUUGGCCAUAGCAUCUGAUAAUGGUGCUGUCCAGCUUCUUGGAAUUGAGGCUUCUAAACUGCCCAAGUCUCCUAAAAUUCAUCCUCUACAAAGCAGAGUUCUAGACCAGAAGGAGGAUGGCUGUGUGGUGGACAUGCAUCACUUCAACUCUGGGGCACAGUCUGUGCUGGCCUAUGCCACCGUGAACGGCGCACUGGUGGGCUGGGACCUCCGUUCGUCCAGCAAUGCCUGGACACUAAGGCACGAUCUGAAGUCGGGCCUCAUCACUUCCUUUGCUGUGGACAUCCACCAGUGCUGGCUCUGCAUCGGGACAAGCAGCGGCACCAUGGCGUGUUGGGACAUGAGGUUCCAGCUGCCAAUUUCCAGUCACUUCCACCCUUCCAGGGCCCGCAUAAGACGCCUCUCCAUGCACCCGCUGUAUCAGUCCUGGGUGAUUGCUGCUGUCCAGGGCAACAACGAAGUGUCCAUGUGGGACAUGGAGACAGGUGACAGAAGGUUCACACUCUGGGCCAGUGGGGCACCACCGUUGUCUGAGUUACAGCCUUCUCCUCACAGUGUCCAUGGCCUCUACUGUAGUCCUGCAGAUGGAAACCCCAUCCUGCUAACAGCUGGCUCAGACAUGAAAAUCAGGUUUUGGGACUUGGCUUAUCCAGAGAGGUCCUAUGUUGUUGCAGGAAGCACUAGUUCUCCCUCUGUGUCCUACUACAGGAAAAUCAUUGAAGGCACCGAAGUUGUCCAGGAAAUUCAGAAUAAGCAGAAGGCGGGCCCGAGUGACGAUGCCCCUCGGAGGGGCCCAGAGUCUCUACCUGUGGGACACCAUGACAUCAUCACGGAUGUUGCCACAUUCCAGACGACACAGGGCUUCAUCGUGACUGCUUCUAGAGAUGGGAUUGUUAAGGUGUGGAAAUGAAAACGGAGUGAUUUGUAUAAUUUGUAAAAAUGUAUAAAUAUACUGUAACUCAAGAGAAAAAAGUAUUUUUAGAGAACAGAGUGUGCACAGAUUCAUUUGCUUAAUUUUCAGAAUCAUGUUUCUGUUACGAUUCCCUGAUUAAACAACCCCCAUGCAAGGUGGUUAAGGAAGUUGCUCGUGUACUUGUUUACAUUUCAGCAAGAAUUGGCCAGACAGCAGUAUCUGGAACUUUCUUAUUGUAUAUAUCAUAGAGGUGAGUUUAAAAUGCUAAGUCUUAAUUGAUAUCAGCUUACUUUGUAUUAAAAAAGAUGAUUGAAAGAUGGUUGUAAACUAUUAUAAUGUAAACACAUUUUCUUUUGCUAUUAAAAUGCUAUUCAAACUAGCCAAUAAACUGUAUUCAAGUAUCUUAA